GCACUCGGAAGCGGAAGCCGAUCCCCCCCGCACCCCCCCGGCAGCGGAGCCGCCGCAGGCCCCAUGGACGCGGAGCUGCCGGCGCCGCGGGGGCUGUAGGAGCCGCAGCGCGAAGGCCCCACCAUGUCGGGGUCGCUGAGCAAACGCAGCGAUGUGGCCAACGACAACAGCUGCCUGGGCCCGGCGGGGCUGAGCCUGGCGCUGCGCGGCCCCCCCGAGGCGCUGCCCCCCCCCGAGGAGCCCCCGAGCACCAAAUGGCUGAAGGACGGGCAGAACCUGCAGCGCCGCGCGGCCGAACGCGAUCAGAACCGCAACGAAGUGCGGCCGCCCCCCGAGCAGUCGGAACUGAGCGCCCGCAACGCCCGCAACGCCGCGGCGGGGGGAGCGCCGCUGAUCGAGGACGAGGAGGAGGAGGAGGAGGAAGAAGAGGACGAGGACGAGGACGGCGAUUCCACGCCGGUGCAGAGCGACCCGACCACGGGAGAGUCGGAGCCCAGCGGGGAGAGAGCGCUGCGGGAGCCCGGCCGUAGUGCCAGCCGCCUCUUCGGGCCCCGCAGCGGCACGGCCAGCGACGAGGACUCCAGCUGGGCCACGCUCAGCCAGGGCAGCCCGGCCGGCAGCUCUCCCGAUGAUGCAGAUUCCUUCUGGACCCGCAACUCCUUUGAGACAGACUCAGACCUGCCUGCGGGAUGGAUGCGGGUGCAGGACACCUCGGGCACCUAUUAUUGGCACAUCCCCACCGGCACCACGCAGUGGGAGCCUCCGGCAGGGCUGGCGCGUGGCUCGGGGGGCAGCACCCCCUGCGAGGAGCAGUCGCUUGCCUGGACCGGCUUCGCCCCGACUGAGCGCUUUGACGACAAUGACUUCUGGAAGGACCCCACGGCUGAGGAGGAGGUGGACGGUGAGGCUGGAACACAGGACGUGGAGCCGCUGGCACCAGACCCGGCCUCGCUGGGCGGCAGCGUGGCUCUGACUGAAGAGGACGAGCCUGGCUCUAAGAGCUUCGCCGUGCGCUCGCUGGGCUGGGUGGAGAUGAGCGAGGAGGAGUUGGCACCUGGCAGGAGCAGCGUUGCUGUCAACAACUGCAUCCGCCAGCUGUCCCUGCACCAGCACGACGCGCCCGGCGCAUGGGGGGGGGGCCGGGCCAUGCUGCUAAUCCUGCAGAGCCAGACGCUGAAGCUGGUGGACCCGCAGGACCAGAGCCUGCUGCAUGCACAGCCCGUGGCCAGCAUCCGCGUCUGGGGUGUGGGGCGUGACAGUGGCAGGGAGAGGGACUUCGCCUACGUGGCGCGGGACCAGCUGACGCAGAUGCUCAAGUGCCACGUCUUCCGCUGCGAGGCCCCUGCCAAGGACAUCGCCACCAGCCUGCACGAGGUCUGCUCCCAGAUCAUGGUGGAACGACGAAGUGCCCGGGCGCUGGCUAACGGCCUCUCCGUGGACGCCUCUAGGAUGGUGGAGAUCCCCUUCCAGGUGGAGUUCCCGGCGCCCAAAAGCGAGGUGGUGCAGAAGUUCCCCGUCUGUUACCUGGGCUGCGUCCCCGUCGCCAAACCCGUGGGCAUGGACGUCAUCAACGCGGCGCUGGAGGCGGCGUUGGCCACCAGCAGCAAAGAGCACUGGACGCCCAUCGUGGUCAACGUGGCACCGGCCACGCUCACCAUCACCCACGAGCAGACAGAGGCGGUGCUGUGCGAGUGCCGCGUGCGGUUCCUCUCCUUCAUGGGCGUGGGCAGAGACGUGCGCUCCUUCGCUUUCAUCAUGGCCAGCGCGCCCGGCGCGUUCCGCUGCCACAUGGUGUGGUGUGAGCCCAACGCGGCGGGGCUGAGCGAGGCGCUGCAGGCUGCCUGCAUGCUGCGCUACCAGAAGUGCUUGGACGCGCGGCCCCAGGCCUCCAGCUCCUGCCUGCCCGCGCCGCCCGCCGACUCGGUGGCACGCCGCGUGGGCUCCACCGUGCGCAAGGGCGUGCAGAGCCUGCUGGGCAGCCUGAAGCCCAAGCGCCUGGGGGCACAGACGCCGUGAUGGGACGGAGGCGAUGGGAGCGCAGCCACCGGACCCCACCGCUGCCGGCGGGACGGCACCGGGACGGGGCGGCCGUGCCGGAGCCGCGUGCCCGCCGGGGCGCGUGUGUGUGUGUGUGAGUGUCUCCAGGCGGGCGGCGCGGCUGCAUCCCGUACGUGGGUCCCGGUGCCGUGGGGCGGCCGUGGGGCAGGGGGUCGGGCCGGAGUCCUGCCCUGCGCGCGGGGCUGGGGCGGGGCGCUGCCCGCCUGAUGCAUGCAGUCUAACCUGCAGCGUGGGGACCCUCGGGGGCCGCCCGGCUCCCAGCCGCCCCUCCUGCUGUAACAGAGAUCUGUGUUGUACUAAAUAAUUAAUAAACCCAUUCCACCA